AUGGCGCGUCCGGUUCUCCCGUUCAGGGACAUCAAUCUACACUCGUCCCCCUCGCACUACGCAUUUACUUCUCCGUCAUCUCCCAGCUCUCCUACUCUGGUCGUCGAGCGCCCAACGGGAGACCUGCGUCUGAACGAUGGCUCGCUGCUGGGAACCAAACGCGUUUCCAGCAUUGCUGGAAUCCUGGGGAUUAUAAAGCUGAAGCUAGACAAGUACAUCAUUGUCAUUACGAAGGCCCAGCCCGUGGGAAGACUCCGAGGUCACAUGGUGUACAAGGUCGUAGCGACUGAGUUUCUCCCGCUCCGUGAACGUCCGUUGCACGAUUCCGAUGAAGAUACCUAUCUUGCUCUGCUCAAGGACCUCCUUCGCAAUGGACCUAUGUACUUCUCCUACUCUCUCGAUCUUACAAACAGCUUCCAGCGGCAGUCUCAGAGCGAUCCGAGUGCUCCACUGUGGAAACGGGCUGAUGACCGAUUCUUUUGGAACCGUUUCAUCAUGUCGGACUUGAUCGAUUUUCGUCUUGGAACAAAUGAUGCGAGUGGUGUGCGGUAUGGCCCGCAGCCAGGGGUGGACCCGUAUAUAUUGCCGGUUAUCUUUGGAAUGCUGCGGAUCACUCCUGCAAAGGUCAAGUCGACGUCCUUCACAUUCGCUCUCAUCACGCGGAGAUCGAGAUACCGUGGCGGAACGAGGUACUUUUCUCGCGGCAUCGACGAACAAGGCCACGUGUCCAACUAUAACGAGACGGAGCAGGUGGUGAUCCUAAACGAUGCCACUGGUGGAUUGGCUGGCUUUGCUGGAGGUCAAGCGAUGCAGAAUGGGAGGGCCGAUGGGUCAGGCCAAGAUCUCCAGGUGCUGUCAUUCGUUCAGACUCGGGGUAGUGUGCCCGUGUUUUGGACAGAAGUUAACAACCUUCGCUACACACCGAAACUCCAAGUCCGAGGCGCGGAGAUCGCGGUUGAAGCUGCGCGGAAACAUUUCGCGGAGCAGAUCAGAAUCUAUGGCGAAAAUUAUCUGGUCAACUUAGUGAAUCAGAAAGGCAGGGAAGAGAGGGUCAAAAGGGCCUAUGAGCAAUUAGUCCGUAUCUUGGUGUCUUCGCCUAGAGAGACCACUGAAACAGAUUUCCCCGUCACAAACGAAAAGGUCCAUGUCGUCGAGACGAACCAGAGGAAGCAAGACAUGGACCGUCUCCACUACGUUUAUUUCGAUUUCCACAAUGAGACGAAGGGACUCAAGUGGCAUCGAGCACAAUUGCUAUUGGACCGGUUGACGGAUGGGCUCAUGCGUGGACAGUAUUUCCGGGGCGUCGAAAAACCCGGAGACCCGAACGGACAGUUGGAUAUACGGACUCUCCAAACGAGUGUUGUGCGAACGAAUUGCAUGGACUGCUUGGACAGGACCAACGUUGUCCAGAGCAUGCUUGGGCGAUGGACAGUGACACGACAAUUGGUCGACGUGGGAGUCCUUCGUCCUGGAGAGUCCGCAAGCGACGACCCAGAGUUUGAGCACAUAUUUCGCAACAUGUGGGCUGACAACGCCGACGUUGUCUCAAAGGCUUAUUCAGGUACCGGGGCUUUGAAGACUGACUUUACUCGGACCGGCGAGCGCACCCGUGCUGGCAUGGUCCAAGAUCUUUCCAAUUCGAUUACCCGAUAUAUCCGUAACAAUUUCAUGGAUGGUCCGCGACAAGAUGCGUACGAUCUCUUCCUGGGUGCCUACCUUCCAGCGGAUUCGACUUUUGGUGGUAUGCUGCUCUUUAUUGAUCGCAGACCGGUCAUCAUUCAGGCUAUCCCGUACAUUCUUGCAGCGAGUAUUUUCAUGAUCAUGGUGGCCACUUUUACACGACGCUUGCCUGAUGCCGCCGUAUGGCCACUGAGGUUGUUCAUCAUCUUUUGGAUGGUUGUCGGUGCAUGGUGCUUCCGCUUCAUCGUCACUCACGGAAUGCUCUAUGUCAACUGGCCCAAGCUGAAUCCUCCUGCCGCGGCUUUGGAAGGAUACCAGGAUGCCCUGAUAUCUGCCCAUUCCGACGAAAUAAUUGGCCGGUGGUUGCCAAGCAGAAGACACCAACGUGGCUACAGUAAUGCUCGUUUGGGCUAUAUGGAAGAGGGCAAGAAGAGAAUCGAAUAA